UCCUACGUUGUGGGACGGAACAUGUGAGAUGCUCUGUUGAAUUUGUUCUCCUGUUAAACCUUAAAAACCUUCGAGUGGGACAAAAUGCACCAGCGCUGCCUGCCCGCCGCUCCGAACUGGUACUGCUCCCGGUGCAGUGAUGUUAACGAAGCGGGUUUGUUCGGGUUUGGAGCUAAAAACACAAUUUAUUUAGUUCAAGUGUCUGCCUCCAGUUGCAGAGUCACAGGUGAGCUGGUGGGCCACAAAGACUUGGUGUCCAGCUUCAGCUUCUGUCAGCACUCAGGUCAGAGCCACAUCUGCGUCAGCUCCUCCUGCGAUGGGACCGUCCGAUUCUGGGACACAGAAACUAAAAGCCUUCUCAAGGAAGUCACAGCUCAUCAGAACCCCGUCUCGGCGGUGCACUGGUCUCCUGUGGAUAAAAACCUGGUUGUUUCUGGAGAUGAGAAAGGAGUGGUCGUUUGUCACUGGUUCAACACUGGGGACAGCAGCAGCUUCUUCCCUGAACCUCGAACCAUCUUCUGCCUGAGCUGCUCCCCUCACACCUGGAACCAUGUGGCAGUCGGGUACAAAGAUGGGAUGAUUGUGCUGAUUGACGUCAGUAAAAAAGGUGAAGUCAUCCAUCGUUUGAGAGGACAUGAUGAUGAAAUCCACUCUCUGUCUUGGAGCCCAGAGCUAGGAGAGGGCGUCCUCUACGACCGAAUUGAGGACAGUGAUGGAGGUGUGACUGGCAGUGUUUGGGGAGAGGGCUGUUUGCUGGCUUCAGGAAGUAGAGACCAGACUUUGAGGAUCUGGAGCACCAACAGAGGCAAAAGUGUGAUGACAUUGAAACUGCCUUAUCUGAAGAAAAGGGGGUCAAUGGUGGAUCCCGGAGUGAAAGAGCGACUGUGGCUCAGCGUUCACUGGCCCAAAGGGCGAAGAACACAAGUCAUAUCUAGUUGUUUUAGUGGUGAGUUGCUGCUGUGGGACUUGCUGAAGUCAGGGAAACAAAAGUGGAGUUUGUUUGGGUUGAGUUCAGAUGGACAAAACCACAACAGAAUCGUCUUCAACACGAGCUCCGUCCAAACUCAGAAACAACAGCUGCUCCUCUCCACCUCCAUGGACAGAGAGAUAAAGUGUUGGGACAUGAGCUCUCUUGAGCUGUGCUGGACCCUGCCCUCUCUGGGAGGCUUUGUAUACUCCCUCUGCUUCUCUCCUUUGGGGUCUGGGACUUUGGCGCUUGGAGUCGGGGACAACAUGAUCCGAGUCUGGAACACGCAGAGCUCCAAACUGUAUGACACGCGCUGCUUCUGGCAGGGAAUCAAGUCCAAAGUCACUGCGUUGGCCUGGCACCCAGAGAAAGAGGGGGUACUGGCGUUUGGUACAGACGAUGGAAAAGUUGGAAUCUAUGGUGUCUUCUCCAACAAGCCUCCUGAGAUUUCAAGCUCUUAUCACAAAAAAACUGUUUACACAUUGGCCUGGGGUCCACCUGUUCCACCACUGUCAUUUGGAUCCUCAAGGGGAAAGUCUGCCUUCAGUUUGUACAGUUGUGCAGGAGAGGGCACCAUUCUUCAACAUGAUCCACACCAACUCAGUGGAGAAGCGUUUGACAUCGACAAACUCAUCAACACCAAUAAGAUUCAGCAUAAACUGUCUCCUCACACAGACCUACGUUGGAAACCAGAUGGAAAAGUUGUGGCCAUUGGCAACGAGGAUGGUUGUAUAGAUGUGUAUGAAGCCCCAAGUUUGAGGCACCUGUGCAGUAUCCAGCAGCACCAUAAGAUCAUAAACUGUUUGUGCUGGCACCACGGCCUUCACAGCCCCGAGCUCAGUGGUCUACUUGCAUCCGGGUCCAGCAAUGCCAUUGUCUACAUCCAUGACCUCAAACAAGUACUGGACUCCCCCGGGGACAGUGUGGUUGUCAUCUCAGAACCCUUUCGCAGACUGAGCGGACACACAGCCAAAAUCACCGGAAUGUCCUGGAGCCAUCACCAUGACGACCGCCUGGUGACCGUGAGCUACGACGGCACCGCUCAGGUGUGGGAUGUCCUGCAGGAGGCCCCAGUGUGUAACUAUCGCGGUCACCAUGGAAACCUGCUGUGUGUACACUGGUCUCCUCUGGAUCCUGACACAGUUUGGACCGGAGGAAAAGACUUCACUGUUCACGAGUGGAGAGUGUCCAAGCAAGAGUUUGAUAAGCCUCCCAAAGGGAAGAAAAUGGUUGAGCUCAAGGAGAAAAAGAAGAAAAGCAAAGCCAAGAAGCAGCCAGGAGGUGGCACUGUUGUGAAUGGAGAGAAGACUCUUUCAACUGUAGGGGCUUUAUCUGAAGAAGAGGAUGAGACCAGCUCCACAAACAGCUCACUGCCUCCAAUAGUUCAUAAUGAGAGCCAGAGAAAACCUUUUCUUGCUGCUGUGAAGAAUAAAGACAAACCAGAGGUGAGUGUGUCCUCCAUGAAAAAGAAAAAACCUCGUUCGAUGCUUCCUCUGAGCACGUCCAUGGACCAUCGGCCCAAAGACGAGCUGCUCCAGGACUGCGUCACUCUGGCCUCAGUCACACACAAUGUGCCCCCUGUAGGCUGCAUCCCGGGACAAGGGGAUCAUGUCCAUUUGGGUUUAUUCUCUGAUCGAAAGGCUUUGCACCGAAUGUUUGAGGCAGAAGAGGAGGCCCAUCUCGAGGCAGGACACUUUGAAUCUGUUGUUUACCUACGACUGUGGAGUGGUGACCUGCAGGGGGCACUACAGCUGGCCACAGAGAAAGGGGAGCUCAAUGACCACCUGCUUUCUCUGGCUCCAAUGGCUGGAUUCUGUGUUUGGAGCGCAGCUGUAGGCUCUUAUGUCAAACAGUUAUGUCUCCAGGAGCAGUUUGUCAAAGCAGCUUCUCAUUUACUGUCAAUCAACAAACUGCACGAAGCCAUAGACCUCCUCAGAGCUCACAAACUCUACAGAGAGGCCAUCACUCUGGUGAAGGCCCGGCUGCCUCAGGACGACCUGGUUCUGAAGGAGCUGUACCAGAGCUGGGCUGCGGUGCUGGAGAAAGACGGACACUUCUCUGCAGCCGCCAAAUGUUAUCUUGCAGCUGGUUCCAGUUUCGAUGCUGCUAAAGUGAUCUCCAGGAAGAACGAAGUGUCUUCUCUCCGAGUGGCGGCGGAUAUGGCUCAGAUCUGUGGAGAGGCAGCUCUGUCCCAGUCUCUGUCUCUUAGAUGUGCCAAAGAACUGGCUCAGACUCAGGACUGGAGCAGUGUUCAAGAAGUCCUACGAAACCAGGAAGCUCUGCUGGUUCAUAGGCUUCACUUCUCUUUGGCUGAGUUUUUGUCCCAGUUUUUGUCUGAAUCUGGAGUCUUUCCUGCAUCAUCAGGAGUGUGCAGUGGUGUAUGGGAGACAACAGACCAAAACAUCUCAUUUAUAAAACGAGUGGAGCAAGUUUGGGAUGAAAAGUUGGGAGUUUCGCACACAUCUGAAGGACCUCGAAGUGUUAAAAGUUUAUUACAAGAAUUGAAGUCUGCAGAGGGCCCACAACCAACGGCAAAUGUUCCACUAAAACAGGUUGUGUUGUCAUCUUCUCUGCAUCUCACCCGAGCCUUUCUGUGUUUCCUGUCUGAGGAAGAGGAGCAGAUGAUGAGGGAGCUGUGGUGGGCUGUGUCCUGGGCCAAAGACAGUGGGCACUUCUCAGUGUUUUCACAGCUCUGCCAUCUACUGUUUCCUGAUGGAGACAUUCAUGUUUUUUCAAGUCAGAAGUCUUCGGAAGAACCAUCUGCCGCUGCUUUAAGUUUACAAUCAUUUGUCCGCUACCUCCAAAUGUAUGAACUCUGGUGGAGCAGCUCUUUGCCAAACGUAAACUGGAAUGUCCAGACUGAAGAAGAUCGGACAAAAGAACAUCAGGAUGGGUCCGGACCAGAUUUGGGACUGGAGGUGUUACUGUGUGAAUCGACAGCUGCUGCUCAAUCUGUGCAGAGAUCUGUGAGUGAGAUCCAGGACAAACUGAACGCUUUGGUGUCGAAGCAUCAGACCCAGGGACAGGACGAGGCUCAAAAUGGAGUCACUUUGGCAACGCAUGGACAAGAAGAAGCAGCGAAUGGAGAGGAGCCUGAAACGUUCCUGUCUUUGUCCAUGAAGAUGUCACAAUAUCAAAAACAACUCUCAGAGCUGCCAGACUCCGUCAAGGGCUUUCCUCGUCCAGAUGUGCUCGAGUGCUGCCUCGUGCUGCUUCUUUUGGGUCGGUCUUCUUCAGUUGUUUCUGAGACUCUAAAACAGAAAUCUACAGAUCUGCUUCGAAGAUUUGGGACAGGUUCAUGUCAUUGCAAAGCUGCUCAAAAACUCUUCUCAACUUAAAAAAUGCACAAACUGAAAAUUAUAUUACAACUACUUUUGAAUGGCGUGUAUCUGAUUUUUAUAAAACGUUUAGAGAAAUGUGUCUCUUGGAGGCUGUUUGUUUCUAACAAUAUGGCACUUAAGACUGUUUAGACAUUGGCUAUGAAAUGAUACGCUUGCAAUUAUUUCAAGUGCCAAAAUGUUUAAAAUCUUGUUUAAUAUUUGUUUUAAUAUUAUAUUGUAUUAUUUGACCAAAUUACAUUAAAAUAUAUGCUUUUCGAUGAAAACUGAUUAAAUACUGUCAUAA